GGUGACCUGCUGUACAAUGUAACUGAUGGGCUAGAGUGGUGUUACACUGCAUAUUGCAAUGCAUCCUGUGAAAUUGAGACCCAAUCGAGCCCAUGUCCAACAACACCGACAUCGAGCACCACUCCACAUUUUACUACCCCAGUGGUCAUCACAAUGUCAACAUCAGUUCCUCUGACCACAACCACCCCUACCUCUGUUUCUACCAAACCAACAAAUCCAUCUACUGCUAGCCUUGACUGCAAUGAUGUGAACCCACCAAAACAGAAUGGAGACUCCUGGAAGGUUGGCAAUUGCAGCCAAGCUACUUGUACAAAUGGCCAGAUCUCAGUGAUACCUGUUGACUGUCCUGUCGUAUACCAACCCAUCUGUACCAAUGGACGCCAAGCUGUUCAGAUUUAUGAUGAAGAUGGAUGCUGUUUUCAUUAUGAAUGUGCAUGUGUGUGCAGUGUCUGGAGUGGAUCCCAUUACAUGACAUUUGAUGGAAAGACCUAUGAUUUCAAUGAAAACUGUUCUUACUACCUGGUCAGGGAGAUUAUUUCUACACACAACCUGACUAUCUUAAAGAGCCAUGACCACUGUGAUCCUUCAGAUCCUUCAUUCUGUCCGUUGACUCUCAAAGUCACAUAUCAGUCCUUCGAGGUAGUUUUAACUCAGCAGAAGGCAUCAGGAACAGUGACUAAUGUGGUGUAUGUAAAUCAGAAACGCAUCUAUCCGGCAUAUCGCAAUCCUGUCCUCCAAGUCAUCGGCACAGACAUGGCGAUCACAGUGGCGAUACAGGAUAUUAGCACAAAAAUAGAAUACAGGGGCUCCUCAUUCAGCAUUGACCUACCCCAUUCCCUCUUUGGUGGAAACACUGAGGGGCAGUGCGGCACCUGUGACAACUCCCAGACCAAUGACUGCCGGUCUCCAAACGGUCAGGUGGCAAGCUGCUCCGAUUCAGCAGGCCAGUGGCUUGUCCCUGGUACACCAUGUGUCACUCCAUCAACCCCCCCAGUUAUUACAAUAGGACCCACUACCACUGCCCAGCCCCCAUCCUCAACUGCAGAGCCCAUUUGCAAAUCGCCUCUUUGUGAUCUCCUAAGCAGCAACAUAUUUGCACCGUGCCAUGCUGUCAUAGCUCCUGGUCCAUUCGCCACAUCCUGUUUAUAUGACAAUUGCAAUGGUGGAAAUAACUCCUGCUCCAGCCUAGAAGCCUAUGCCACGGAGUGUUCCAAUGCAGGAGUAUGUAUUGACUGGAGAAAUGCUUCCAAUGGGCUCUGUGAGCACGGCUGUCCAAGCAACAAAGUGUACAUGGCCUGUGGUCCCUUGAUAGAGCCAACAUGUAAUGACAGGUACAACAAGAUAUUCCAGGGAUCCAGUAACUACACAAAGGAAGGCUGCUUCUGUCCUCCUGACACUACGUUAUUCAACACAGUGCACAACACAUGCGUCACAUCCUGUGGCUGUGUUGGACCUGAUGGAAAACCCAAACAGCCCGGUGACACGUGGACGAGCGAUUGCAACGUCUGUGAGUGUGAUGGGGAUUCGAUGAGCAUCAAGUGCGAGCCAGUCGAGUGCCCCGCGGUGCAGAGCCUCAACUGCAGCGAGCCCGGCCAGAGGCUGGUCAACAAAGUGGACGGCUGCUGCACUAAGCCGUCAUGUGAGUGCAGUGUCGACCUGUGUGCAGCUCCCAUUAGCUGCCCGCUGGGCUUCCAGCUGGCCGUUACCAACGGCACCUGCUGUCAGUCCUACCACUGUGAGCCUAAAGGAGUGUGUGUCUAUGACAUGACUGAGUUCAAGCCUGGAGCAAAAAUACCAAUUGGAGAGACAUCUGCAUUGGGACUACCACCAGCAACAAUUGCUUUCUCAGAAAUAAAUCAAGCAACAUCAGGAUAUUCCUCAGAGGAGUCAGUUCAAUCCACGCCCUGCCAGGAAUGUUACUGUGGCCCCAGUAUGGACCCAAUCACCAAGCUGAACAUUAUCACAUGCAAACCUGUAGUGUGCAACACAAGCUGUCCUGAGGGCUUUGAAUAUCAGACCACAGUGGGCAAGUGUUGUGGCAGAUGUGUGCAGAGGAGCUGCAUUUUCACCACACCUGACAACCUGACAGUGCAUAUCAUUGAGGUCAAUGACACUUUCACACCGCCUAAUGACAAAUGUGUACAAUACACCUGUGAGAUGAUCAAUGGACAGAUGGUCACCAAGGAAACCAAGACCACCUGUCCAAGCUUUAACUCCCUGGACUGUGUACCUGGCACUGAGACUACUGAUGCUAGCGGGUGCUGUAAGACCUGCAAACUACAAAGUGUCUGUAAGGUCCAGAGUGAGCAGACGUUUAUUACGAUGAACGGAUGCACCAGCGCCGAGCAGGUCAAUGUCACUUCCUGUGUUGGACACUGUCAAAGCUCAUCCAUGUACUCUGCAGCAGCCAACGCCAUCACCCACCGAUGUGAAUGUUGCCAGGAGGCCACCACCAGCGUGAAACAGGUGGAGCUGAUCUGUGCCGGUGGCUCCAAACUCCAGCACAGCUACACCCAAGUGGAAACGUGCCACUGCAGCAAAGACAGCUGUUCAGGGGGGAACAACUAA